ACAUGGCACAACCUGUCCCAUGCCCCUGCUUAUCUCCUUUGGGGAGAAGGGGUUGAGGUAUUUUGAGCAAAUCUCAUUGGUAAACUUGUGUAUGCAUUGCUUUUUUUUUUUUUUUUAAGAACCAUUUCCUUUCAGUUUUAGCUGUAUAACUGUGUCUGCAAGCAGUUUGUACUCAGUUUGUCAAGAGAGCAGCUUUCUGUUUUGAUUAUAUACCUUCAUCUCUGAAAAAAGACAUGCUAGUUAAAUUUCAAGAUGUUUUACUUAGAAGAUGACAAGGAAGAUGAGGAGGUUUGUAAAGGCUCAUUAAGUAAAACUCAAGAUGUUUACCAUGACAAGUCCCCUCCUGGUAUCCUGUCUCAAACCAUGAAUUAUGUGGGACAGCUGGCUGGGCAGGUGAUUGUCACUGUGAAGGAACUCUACAAGGGCAUUAACCAGGCCACCCUCUCUGGGUGCAUUGAUGUCAUCGUGGUACAGCAGCAGGAUGGCAGCUAUCAGUGUUCACCUUUUCACGUUCGGUUUGGAAAGCUGGGAGUCCUGAGAUCCAAAGAGAAAGUGAUUGAUAUAGAAAUCAACGGCAGUGCAGUGGAUCUUCACAUGAAGUUGGGUGACAACGGAGAAGCUUUCUUUGUUGAGGAGACUGAAGAAGAAUAUGAAAAGCUUCCUGCUUACCUUGCCACCUCACCAAUUCCUACUGAAGAUCAGUUCUUUAAAGAUAUUGACACCCCUUUGGUGAAAUCGGGUGGAGAUGAAACACCAUCUCAGAGUUCAGACAUCUCACACGUCUUGGAAACAGAGACAAUUUUUACUCCAAGUUCUGUGAAAAAGAAAAAACGAAGGAGAAAGAAAUACAAACAGGACAGUAAGAAGGAAGAGCAGGCCGCAUCUCCUGCUGCAGAAGACACAUGUGAUGUAGGCGUGAGCUCCGAUGAUGACAAGGGGGCCCAGGCAGCACGAGGAUCUUCAAAUGCUUCCUUGAAAGAAGAAGAAUGUAAAGAGCCUUUGCUCUUCCAUUCUGGGGAUCAUUAUCCCUUAUCUGAUGGAGAUUGGUCCCCUUUAGAGACCACCUAUCCCCAGACAGCAUGUCCUAAGAGUGAUUCAGAGCUGGAGGUGAAACCUGCUGAGAGCCUGCUCAGAUCAGAGUCUCACAUGGAGUGGACGUGGGGCGGAUUCCCAGAGUCCACCAAGGUCAGCAAAAGAGAACGAUCUGACCAUCAUCCUAGGACAGCUACAAUUACACCAUCAGAAAAUACUCAUUUUCGGGUAAUUCCCAGUGAGGACAACCUCAUAAGUGAAGUUGAGAAGGAUGCUUCCAUGGAAGACACUGUGUGUACCAUAGUGAAGCCCAAACCCAGAGCCCUGGGUACACAGAUGAGCGACCCAACGUCUGUGGCAGAGCUUCUCGAACCUCCUCUUGAGAGUACUCAGAUUUCAUCUAUGUUAGAUGCAGACCACCUUCCCAACCCAGCCUUAGCGGAGGCGCCCUCAGAAUCCAAACCGGCAGCUAAAGUAGACUCGCCGUCAAAGAAGAAAGGUGUUCACAAAAGAAGCCAACACCAGGGACCUGAUGAUAUUUACCUUGAUGACUUAAAGGGUCUAGAACCUGAAGUUGCAGCUCUUUAUUUCCCUAAAAGUGAAUCGGAGCCCGGCUCCAGGCAGUGGCCCGAGUCUGACACACUCUCUGGCUCCCAGUCCCCACAGUCCGUGGGAAGCGCAGCUGCAGAUAGCGGCACUGAGUGCCUCUCAGAUUCUGCCAUGGACUUGCCUGACGUUACCCUCUCCCUUUGCGGGGGCCUCAGUGAAAAUGGAGAAAUUUCAAAAGAAAAAUUCAUGGAGCAUAUCAUUACUUAUCACGAAUUUGCAGAAAACCCUGGACUUAUAGACAAUCCUAACCUUGUAAUAAGGAUAUAUAAUCGUUACUAUAACUGGGCUUUGGCAGCUCCCAUGAUCCUUAGCUUGCAAGUAUUCCAGAAGAGCUUGCCUAAGGCCACAGUUGAGUCCUGGGUGAAAGACAAGAUGCCAAAGAAAUCUGGUCGCUGGUGGUUUUGGCGAAAGAGAGAAAGCAUGACCAAACAGCUGCCAGAAUCCAAGGAGGGAAAAUCUGAGGCACCGCCAGCCAGUGACCUGCCAUCCAGCUCCAAGGAGCCGGCCAGUGCCAGGCCGGCCGAGAAUGACUCCUCGAGUGAUGAGGGGUCACAGGAGCUCGAAGAAUCCAUCACAGUGGACCCCAUCCCUACAGAGCCCCUGAGCCACGGCAGCACAACUUCAUAUAAGAAGUCUCUCCGCCUUUCCUCAGACCAGAUCGCAAAACUGAAGCUCCACGAUGGCCCAAAUGAUGUUGUGUUUAGUAUUACAACCCAGUAUCAAGGCACCUGUCGCUGUGCAGGGACCAUUUACCUGUGGAACUGGAAUGACAAGAUCAUCAUUUCUGAUAUUGAUGGGACAAUAACCAAGUCGGAUGCUUUGGGACAGAUUCUCCCACAGCUGGGCAAAGACUGGACCCACCAGGGUAUAGCAAAGCUCUACCAUUCCAUCAAUGAGAAUGGCUACAAGUUUCUGUACUGCUCGGCCCGUGCCAUCGGCAUGGCCGACAUGACCCGUGGCUACCUGCACUGGGUCAAUGACAAGGGCACAAUCUUGCCCCGGGGCCCCCUGAUGCUGUCCCCCAGCAGCUUGUUCUCCGCCUUCCACAGAGAAGUGAUAGAAAAGAAACCAGAGAAGUUCAAAAUUGAGUGUCUAAAUGAUAUCAAGAACCUGUUUGCCCCGUCUAAGCAGCCCUUCUAUGCUGCCUUUGGAAACCGUCCAAAUGAUGUCUAUGCCUACACACAAGUUGGAGUUCCAGACUGUAGGAUAUUCACCGUGAACCCCAAGGGUGAAUUAAUACAAGAAAGAACCAAAGGAAACAAGUCAUCCAACAACUUGAUAUCAGAAGUUGUGAACUUGGCUGGGCGUGGUGGCUCAUACCUGUAAUCCCAGCACUUUGGGAGGCCGAGGUGGGCGGAUUGGCUGAGCUCAGGAGUUCGCGACCAGCCUGGGCAACACGGUGAAACCCCGUCUCUACUAAAAUACAAAAAAUUAACCGGGCGUGGCGGCAUGCACCUGUAGUCCCUGCUACUCGGGAGGCUGAGGUAGGAGAAUUGCUUGAACCUGGGAGGCGGAGGUUGCAGUGAGCUGAGAUCGCGCUACUGCACUCCAGCCUGGGCGACAGAGUAGGACUGUCUCCCCCCUCCCCAAAAAAAAAAGUUGUGAACUUGUGCCUGAUUCUGUCUCAGGGUUUGGUAUGCCUCUGACUCGCAGGCACUACUUCAGGGGUGAUGACUUCUUGAAGGGCUGCUUCGAACCCCACAGCCUUAAGCUCAGCUGACCUUGUUGUUCUACUACCUGUACAAAAAGACAGCCUUUCCCUUUCUAAAGAUGUCUCCUAAGUGGGCCAGGAUCCACCUGUCAUCCAGCUUUAUCUCAAAGUAGAGGCAGGCUCCAGCCAUAAUGAGGCAUAUUCUGUUUUGCCUGUCUUGAAUACACAGAGCUGAGAUUCACCAUUGUUGGUGAGUAGAGAUGCACUGAGAGGAGGACUGGGUUUUACCUGAUGUUCCAGACCCAUCUACGGAGUAGGGAAAGCAGCAGGUAGUCAUCACCCACCUUUUGCCUGGGCCCUGCCCCUGCAGCUCUUGAGCACGUCCCCUUGGGCGCCGAGUGCGGUCUUUUCAAAAGGAGCGUGAGAGGAGAGGAGAGGGCGAUGGCGCGUGCCCGCUGGGUUUUCCUGAAAACACUGCUGCACUGGGGCGCUUUCCAUGAGUCAUUCCUAGGACAGCCAAGGAUACUCUGACAGCUCUCUUUAGCCAGUUCCCCAGCUGUAGUAAUGGGGUGGGAUGCCAUUCUCCCUCCCGCUCCUGGACAAAGAGGUCCACAUUUUAAAUAAUAAAACGGCAAACCUUUAGUUCUUGCUGAUACCUUCCUAGCUGUGGCGGGGGGAGUAAAUAGGAACUCUGAAGUGUCCAGUGGCCACCCUGUAAAUUCAUUUGCAAACAAUUCUUAAAGCAUUUUUUUUUACAGCAUAAGAGCAUCUUCUGGGCCAAGGAAACUGCAGCUCUUGAUUCUACCGUCCAAACCUUUCCCCAGUGGGACUUGAUUAACCAGUAGGUUUUACCAACCUGAUCCACAGAGACUACCUUGAACUCAGGGUGCUGAGAGGUCUCCGUGGCCACUGGUGACACAUUAAUACUCCCGGGCCUCCCCUCAGUGGAGGCGUCUCGCUGUGUGAAGAUGCCGUGUUCUCAGAUGGGCUCAGCUGUCAGCGUGUGGCCAGCGUUAGGUUGAGCCUCCUGCUGCUUAGAAACCCAAGAGCUCGGCGAGCUGUGUCUGCUGGAGAUUGGUGCAGUGAAGCAGCAGGGAUCAAGUUAGCCUGGGCAGCUGCUGUGGGAUCUGAGUGCAGCAUCCCCAGAGGAGCCGCUCCAGCUGCAGAUGACAUGGGGCCUUGACCUCCAUGCACAUCUGGUCCGUCUUCACAAGCCAGAAACAAAACCCAAGUGUAUAGCUUGGAUGCGGAGGGGUAACAGUUUUGUAGCUGAGAUUAAUUUUACUCAAGAUUACUUUCUGUAGCCCUUUUUGAAACAAAAAAUUUCUUAAGUUUGCUUUUUAGCAACAACUCCCGAUCUGUAAGGGACCACACUUAAAUUAACAAAAGUAACUGGAAAUGGCUUUACAUCUUUAUUGACACUCCCUGUCUUUGCACUUAAAUUGUACAUGCCAUUUAAGGAGCCCAGCAAGCUUUGGGAACAGUCUCUAACGCAUCCCUAUUUGCAGCUGGGCCAAGGCCCGCCUGAGCAGGCUAAGUCCCAGGCGGCAAUGGUGAGCCAAGCGUGGAACAGCCCAAACUAAAGUCGGGGUCUCUGUGCGGCGGCACGGGCCACUUCGGCACUUCAGUGUUUAAACUUCUGCAUGCAGUGUAAAGACAGACAGCUGGCCACAGUGCUGCCCUGCAGUAAAGACCAGCCACCGUGACCGGCUCUCCCCUGCCUCCCUCCUCCCAGCCCACAGUCAGACGGAGCCUCUGUGGCAAGCUCAGGCCCAGUCCAGGGCCCUCAGAGUGUAGAUACAGGUAGAGGCCUUUCCAAGUCUUCCAGUUGUCCAGUUAGGGUGGCAGAAAAGUCAGUGGCCAUGUUCACCGUGUGCCUCACUCUUUGCAGCCUGGCUGGAUGCAGUAAGGCAUGGUGGCCUCAACAGCGAGGGAAGGCCUUUAUGUUGGGGCCUAUGUGGAAACUCUAGCCCCGUGCUUCCAUUACAUACAAACCGAAUAUAUUAAAGCUUUAGAGUUUUUACAACUAUCUAUCUUUCCCCUGACAUCUCCCCAGCCACCUUAGAGGUGGGAAAGGAAAGGAUAUAAGAAAACCCCACUAAAUGUGGAGUACAUUUCGUCAAAGUCUGUGUGAGCCAGCUUGCCUCCAGUCACCACGACGUUGACUGCAUCUCCCGCCUUCAGGUGCACGAUGAGGUGGAAUGCCCCCGGGCCCCCGCAGGUAUGCAAAGCCCCUGGAGGGCGGUGGUAUUCCAGGAACUCUCUCCUGUACCCAGCGGUAUGCAGCUGGGCCACGCUGGCGUUGGAGACCGACAGCACUGCUUCCACGUAGGCGUCUCUCUCGGGGGUGAGGGUGGCCGUGAUCAGGUAGCGCCCAUCAUAAGGAGCCGUGAAGACCCCUGCGGGGAGAAAGGCAAACCCUGUGCUCACCUGCUGUCGUCACAGCCCUUGCCAUGGUAGUAAGUGGCCCCCUAGUGAUUAACCUGGGCCUGGGAGACCAGCCAUCUCUGUCUUCCCAUGGUAGCUGGCUGCCUGCCUCAGCUUCUUUUUAUGCUCAUCCCCUACAGCCUACCAGUGAUGCAGAGGCCACCUUAGCCCAUACCACUUUUUGCCAUGGGCCUAAGAAUGCCUCUUGGAGGCAUUCCUUAUUGGAAGCACCUAAAGGCUAAAGUCAGCCUCAAAGCUUGGCUGCUGGGCAGAAUACCCGUGAGGCAGGGCCAAUAAAAACGAAGCUUGCCACCAACCCAGGGAGAGGCAGACAUGGCACCUUGUAACCCCAGGGGCCAUGCCAGGCUCCUCGUGUAAGAGGCCCAUUCUCCUCAUGCUGGGCAAUGGCCAGAAGUGAGCACUGAUACUCAGCCCAUGACCCACAUGUUCUGGGCCCAGGGUGGGAAAGGAAGUGGUGGCCAAAGGUGAGGAAGGUGGAAAGAUCUGUACAUGUCACAAUUCGCUAAGCAGAAGCAGCUGUAGGUGGCCUCACAGCUAGGAGAGUCAGUGCCAACACCAAAUGCCAGCAGGAAUGGCCAUCACUCACGGGCUCCGCAGUGGACACCGGACCUUGCCGCUGACAACAAGCCAAGAGUGGACAUAAAACGGAGGGCCCAGGAGCUAAAAAGGGUGGUCCUGGCCAUGCGUGGUGGCUUACGCCUGUAAUCCCAGCACUUUGGGAGGCCAAGGUGGGCAGAUCACCUGAGGUCAGGAGUUUGAGACCAGCCUGGCCAACACGGAUAACCCCAUCUCUACUAAAAAUACAAAAAAAAAUUAGAUGGGCAUGGUGGCGUGCACCUGUAGUCGCAACUACUCAGGAGGCUGAGGCACGAGAAUCCCUUAAACCCAUGUGGCGGAGGUUGCAGUGAGCAGAGAUGACACCACUGCACUCCAGCCUGGGUGACAGAACAAGACUGUCAGAAAAAAAAAAAAAAAAAAAAGGUGGUUGUCAGGAGCCCAAGCCUUCAAUCUGCUCUGGAAAACAGAAGAGGCCCGGCUACCCAGUCCCCUUCCCAACUUUGAACAGCAAGUAACUGAGGGCUUUCCAGAUGCUUCCUAAGGUACCUGGCCCUGAGGCCAGCACCAGCCCUGGCGUUUUGAGUGUGGCCUUCACCUUUGUUCAGAGUCGCCUGUGGUGAAGCCUCACUCAGUUCACCCAGAAUUUUCUUUCUGCACCUGCUCCAUGCAAGACAAGUGGUAGUUCUGGGAAUGCGAGACUAUAGGUCACAAUCCCUGCCUGCAAGCGCCACCCGACCUAUCCAAGCAGAUGAACCAUCCCUAUGGCCAAGGCAGUGCAGAGUGACCUGGGGAGCAUGGCCUUGUUACAGUCAGGCAGAUGGGAGCAGGGCAGGAGAGCCCCUACCCCAACUAGGAAUGUCAGGCAACCAUCAGAUGAUGGUCCUGCAGUUGUUAACUGUCUCUCUAAAUUAAUGAUUGGUUGCAGCCAGCACCACAGAAAGGCAGUCGCCCAAUAGUCAGACAAAACCUGAAGCCGAUGAUCAGCUGCUUCCAGAUAAGAUCUCCAGAGUUGGGCGAUGAAGCUCAUGCAUGUGCAUUAAGAGGCAAAAAUGAUGUUUCAAAUGGUGUUUAACUGGUGUGUGACCUCCUGGGAACACUUGACUGGUACAGGAAGAACACCUCGUGGGCACAUGCACAACUCCAGGAAACACUGCGCACGCCCCCCUCUUAGGCACUGGUAGGCCCCUGUGCAUGCGGAUGGCCCCCCAAGGGAAGAAUCAGGAAAGGGACGCAACCCUGGAAGCAUGCCAAUGUAUAAGACCCCAAGUCACCUGUCAGACCGCACUUGAAUCUCUCAAGUCGCCCACUUGGCCGUCUUCCGAGUGUACUUUCCUUCCUGCUCUAAAACUUGCCUCAGUCUCACUCUGCCUCAUGCCCCUUGGUCAAAUUCUUUCUUCUGAGGAGGCAAGCAUUGAGGCCUUUAUGGAUUCCCCUUCCCUGAUGUACUGACCCCAAAGGCCACUGCCACUCUGAGCAGAGGCCUGGAGGUCUGUGGGGCCCAGGAGGAAGCUACAUGGCGGUGGAAAGUAAGUAGCGUUCCCUCUCGCCCUGACCUUAGAUGCCAAGCUCCAGCUUAAUCAGCCCGGGGCACUGAGAAUUCAUUUCUCUGAGUUCUGCAGGUAACUUAGGCUUGCUAACAUAACAGUUAAGAGCCACUGACUAAGGACAGAUGGGAUUUAGCCAGACAGUGACUAGACAGGGCAAACGUGAGGCUGGGGGUGGCUAAAAACUACCAAGAAGGAAACCAAGUCCCCCUCCCUCCCAGUGGCUUAUGGGUGGCAAGGCCUCCCUGAAAUCCACUGCCCCACCCCCCUCCAGGAGGCCCUGUUCACAGUGCGUGAGCAGAACAGUGACUGCUGAGGGCAGAGAGAGACGUCAGGAAAGACCCCGGGCUGUGGGGACCUCCCCACACCUGCCUGGGAGCUCUGUCCUGAUGGGCCCAGGCACCCCCGGACCCUGCUUUCCGUGGAGCUGCCCUCCGUCCGGGCAGAGCAGCCCAGCCCAGGUGGACACUGAUGGGACACAAGGAACUCGGAGGUAAACUCCACACCCAUGAUCCUUGGGACCUCCAGCAACAACCCGGGGCAGGGGGACAUGCCAGGCGCUGCAGAAAGACUCAAGCUCCCAGCUGAAGGGAUUCUGUUGCAGAGCAUGAGGCCCUCUGGGGAGCGCAGUCCCUCUUGUGGCUCUGUUCAUCAUAAACUAGGAGACCCUGAGGGAGCCUCCCGCUUGUCCUGGCCCAGGUUGUCAGGAUGACUGUCGGAGCCUGAGAGAGAGGGGUGCAAUGGUGGCUAUCAGAGGUGGCCAGGGCAUGGCGGGCUGUGCCGGCACAGCCCUCAUAACUGCUGUAAAAAAUGAAUA